AUAUCGACCUCCAGGAUUCAACAUACACAUGCCCGCAACAGACACCUGAGUUUGUGCAACCUCGAACAGGAACAGCGACCAGCCGCCCAUGGUCAAAGAUACUUGCAAGCUAGCAGGCCGCAAAGCACCUCGUACAAAGUCAGGAUGCUGGACAUGCCGUGAGCGCAAAGUCAAAUGCGACGAACAAAAGCCAAUCUGCUCAACCUGCUCUCGUCUCGGAUUGGAGUGCGCCGGUUACACAAGCAGGAUUGCCUUUCGAGAUGAUACACCGCGGGUAGUCACGCGAAUGAAGGAUGUGACUGAUGUAUCUGGAUGCGAUGUAUACGAUCAGCGCGCGAGUCGCCGGAGGAGUACGAGCAGGCAUAGUCCGAAUCUGCGCUAUAAGACGUAUACGCCAGAGUACUUUGAGACCUACAGAGAUAUUGCACUCGACGAUGCACAGCAAGAUGAAUCAUCAGGCGACGGGCCGCCUUCCCCUGGUGCGACAGAGAAGCGACUUUGUCCACUCUCGGAGCCAUUCCACGAGUAGUCGCUCUCCAUGGCCUGCACUUCAUCCCGAGGAGCAACCGAUACCCAUGAUUCAACAUCCCGGACCACAGCGGCAUCAUUUGCAUGGCCCCAUAUCGUCAUCGUAUCUACCCUUGCCACAACCUAUUGGUAUGCAGU